AUGUUCAAAGAGUCUUCGUUCGCCACGGUCAACCUCAAGAAGGAUGUCCGUACUACAGAAAAGACCAAAAACCUUAUACGAUACCCGGGCUUAUUCGCUACGACCGAUUUCUUUGGCAAAAUCGUCCCUGGUGAACACCUCUCAGGUGAAGACUUCCUCCUCGCUAGUGCCGAGGCUAGCCGCCAGGCUAACAGUCCUUCCGAGCCCAAGGAUAUCCAGGAUUAA